AUGGCGCACAACUUUGCACCAUACCAGAGCAGCCCUCCUGAAUCGACACGCGCACUGUCACCACCGCUCCGCACAUCGACGUCGUCGCCCCGUCCUGCAGUAGUCACGCCUCGCGCACAAGCAAGCAUCGAAGACCCAUGGGCUGCGACACGCGACUCCCAAUUGCCCUUGCCCUCGCCCUCGGCAUACGAUGAUCUAGAAGCUGCCGACACAAAUCAGAGCUCGCGGUUGAGAGGGGAUGGCUACUAUGUCUUUGAAACGAGCUUGGGCAUCCGUAUGGACAUUGAGGCCUGCCUGCCAUAUCUACUACUACCGCCUGCUGGUGGUGUUGCCAUGUUGAUUUUUGAGAGAAAGAGCGAUUAUGUUCGUUUCCAUGCCUGGCAAUCAAGUCUGGUCUUCACAGCAGUCUUCAUUCUACAUUUGCUGCUUUCUUGGUCACGCUUUCUAUCCUGGCUGCUCUUUAUCGGUGACCUAGCCCUGAUUGUCUUGCUGGUUUUCAGAGCUUAUCGCGAUGCCGAAACACUCGACCGAUUCGAAUUACCUUUCUUCGGGCCUUUGGCCAGCACCUACGUGGACCGCGAGUAA